CCCGCUACACUUGUCCUUUGCUUCGGUGAAGAUAUGAGGGGCGGUGCUCCCUCCGGUCCCAUCUCCGGCCUUAGGCAGGAUCAUUGGACUCCUUCCACUUUCUUCCCGGGGGUUGUUCCUUUAUUCACUUCCUGCUUUCUCGCUAAGUCUCGCACAUUCCUUUCUACUGCCGCCUUUAAACCUCUUACAUCUCGCAUCUCUCUGGUCUCUCACUCACUUUCCCUCCCCCUAUACUCCUCGCUAGCUCUAUCUCUCCCUUCUCUUCCCUUCUCUUUCAGGGUAUUCGCUUCCGUUGUCUCGCUGUUCUUAAAGACACGCGAUCAACACUCUGGCAGACGCAAUCUGGCAGACUUGGUCUUCGAGAACGUCCAGUAUCGAUUAUCUGACGUUGCGAGCACCGCUGACACUGGCAAACAAGGUUUGUCAGAACACUCCGUGGUCAGUGUGAUCUAGACCUUGCAGGACAAGCAUAGAAACUCAAAGGGUUUCUAGCGUGGCUUCGCGUCACGUUGUCCUCAAAAUACCAGCAGCACUAUGUGCAUGCAAACCCCCUCAUUGAAACAAUCAGGGCGUAGUAUAGCUUGUUAGCUACAAUCCGGAAACAAUACACGUAUGGUGAUUGAUUCUGGUCUUAUCAAUUUGAAGCCCCCUGGAAGAUAUCUGGGAAAAUCAGCGAAAGCUGAUCACACAAUCUCUAUUCUUUUUUUGAAUCGGCUCGAUGAUGAUUCUAUUCCAGAGCUUUUUGCCUGGUCUGCUGAUAGGGCCUUAACUAAAGUCAUACCCCUUCAACUUUUCAUUUCAAUUUCGCCUUGAUGAU